AUGGGGAAGCUAAGCAAGGACAGGAGAGACAUCUACUACCGGAAGGCCAAGGAAAACGGGUACCGUGCAAGGAGCUCCUUCAAGCUCAUCCAGAUAAACGAAAAGUUCGGAAUCUUCAAAUUAUUUGCCCCCGAAAAUUAUGGGGAAAAGGACAAGGAUAAAAUAAGGAACAUAUACAAUGAACAUUUCUGCUACAAUAUAGUUGACUUGUGCGCAGCCCCUGGUAGCUGGUCGCAGGUGCUGAAGAAUAUCUGCCUGUACAACUACUACCAGAUGCUCCACUGGGUAAGCAGAAACGAGGGAGCUGCACCCAAAUGUGAUGAACACGAAAAGUUUUUAAACAACUUUUCUCUGUACGUCAAUUUUAACGAUGAGCUAGAGAAGAGGAUAGAAUGCCUGCCCAAAAAGGAAUUUGUGAAAAAGCCAAAAAUUGUAGCUGUGGAUUUACAAGAAAUAGGAAAUAUGAAAUAUGUGCAGAUUAUACAAGGUGAUAUAACCAAAGCGUCCACUGUACAUCAGAUUUUAAAAUGUAUGAGACAGGGGGGGGACGUUGCAAACGGCAUGGGCAUGGGGGGUGCUACAUGUGUGAAUGAUGAAGGCGUUCAGGGAAGCGCCCAGUGUAAAGGGAGUGAUAAGGUAGAUGGACAACAUUGUGAAGGGAACAACUUGCCCACUUACGCACACGCUGUUGUGAGCGACGGAGCGCCAGAUAUAACUGGCAUGAAUGACAUAGACGAAUUUAUUCAGUCCCAACUCAUUUUAUCGAGUUUAAAAGUAUGUUGCUCCGUUUUAAAAAUCGGCGGAAAUUUUAUAAGUAAAAUAUUUCGAGGUGAACACACUGGUCUGCUUAUUCUACAUUUGAAUAAAUUUUUUGAGAGAGUUUACGUGUGUAAACCGCAAAGCAGUCGGAAUAAAAGUCUGGAGUCCUUCCUUGUUUGUUUGAACUUUUCUUUGCCGCUGUCCAAGAUUACAGCGCUCAGCCAUCAUACAGGGGGGGGGACACAAAAAUGUAAUCUUCAAAAUGUGCCUGAAGAAGAACUUCGAAAAAUGCAUGCAAAGUUAAUUACUGAGAAGGACGAUGAGGGAGAAAUUCGUACAAGGGGCAAAUGCCUAAGUAGGGAGGGAAAAAGGGAUGAUAAUACAAGUGGAGAGGAAUUCUCUGCUGAGGGGGAAGACCCCGCUCAUAUGAAUGAAGAUGAUAAUGAAGUUGAAUCGGAGGGGGGAAAAGCAGGUGACGGAAAAGGUGAAAAUGAGCUUGCACACAUAAAUGCAUACAGCAGUGACGAUGCUGACGGGGGGAACAUGUUAAAGGGAGACGAACGGAAGGACUGUGACCCAGAACGCGGUGAUACUCUGACGGGGAAAAAUUUUCCAAGUAAAAAGUUUACCCAUAAAAAUGUGGACAUAUUCAAUUUUUACUGUUCUGAUAGUGACGAAGAGAUAAAAUAUUUCAAUUCAGACGAUGAAGAAGUUGUAAAUGAGUACAUUGCAUCGGAAGUUUUUAUGAACGAUAAACUAUUUUCCUUUGUCGCCACACAGAAUUAUUACGACUCGGAUAAGUCCUACUUGCUUCCUCAGAAUUACGUUCGACAUGAGCCCCAGCUUAUGCCGCUGCAACCUCCCUAUUUGUUGUCUUUACAGAAGAAAAGGCAAGAGGGGAAAAAACCAUAA